AUGCGUUUCAGCACUGCUACCACUCUCUCGGCCCUGCUCGCCAUCGGCAGCGUCUCUGCCUCGGUCCUCCCCCGAGUGCUGGACAACUACGACCUCGCCCAGCCUGUCGCCUUUGAGCAGCGCGAAGUGGCCCCCACCCCUGCGCCUGCCGUCGAGGAGCGCGAGGUCCCCAUCCUUCAAUGUGCCGAGACACCCAUCAAGAUCGGACAGCUCAAGCUCGCCUCUGCUUCUGGCCGUGAAGUCUCUGCCGCCUUCGAAGGGCUGCGCAACGCCGACGGCUUCCAGAAGCUCGAUGUCCAGAAAGCCGGCCAGUCGGCACGAUUCGAGAACUUUGCCUUCACUGCGUGCAACAGCACCUUCCUGGGCUACCUCCCCGAAGCCAACAAGGCCGCCGAAGUCACCUACGGUCGUCUUCAACCUGCGCACCUGGUGGGCAGGCGUUGUGUUUCGGCGGACAAGCUGGCCACCGCCGACGGCAGGUUGAUCGCAGCCAAGUGCGAUCCCAGCGACGACUCGGUGCAGCUGACGCAGUUUUGGAGCUUGACCAAGCAGCCCGCUGCGGAAGCGGACAAGUGGGAGUACUAUGUCAACUUUUUGGGCUCCCCCGCCGGCGAGACGCCCGACUUCCCGGGAAGCUACACCCUGAGCCUGGCGCACAAGGGCGCCAACAAGCUCGUCCAGCUCAACCACUCUGACGAGCCCGGCAGGAGGAGCGCAUACUAUCUCAAGCUGGAUUCGUGA